UAAUAGCGAACAAAUUCAAGUUUAAGAAAGGGAAUAAUGGAGGAACAGGCAUAAAAGAUAGGACUUUAUAAUGGAUAUAACGCAACAGUUCAAGGCCAGCGUCAUGACGGUGCGUCUGCAUCGCAAAUCCGAAAUGACAUCAAAUAAAACGCAAGACAAGCAACAGCAGCAACAACAAAAACGAAUCAAGUCUGGAGGAUCUGGAGCGUCAGGUCUACGCGAUGACUUUGCCAAACAGGCCAAAGAUGUGUGCAACAAAAUAAGCACACUGCGCAACGUGCUCAUUGAGAAUCGUACCGCCUAUAUGCGUAUAGGGCAGCAUUUGAAGAGCGCAGCACAUAUGACCGACAGUCAGCGAGAUUUGAUUGAUCGGGAAUCGGAGAAAUUCGUCACGUACUACACACAGCACCUGGCAAAGAUGCGCAGCGACUGGAAGAGUGCUAAGCGAAAGCCACAGGAGCGUCAGCACAUCGAGGCGGUGCUAGACCUGCUGGUCAGCUAUUUGCACAGCGUCGAACAGAUCUAUCUGGAUCAGAAGAAGUAUCGGGUGCAGCACGAGCUGGAGACCUAUAGGCUGCUGAAGCUGGCCGCCGACAAAAAGAAAAUACCAGUGCGUCCAGCAGGCGCCAAAAGUGGAAAGUUGAAGAAGCGUCAGCUAAGCAAUGCCAGUGCCACAGCUAGCGACGAGGAGCAGCCUGAUGCGACGCAACAGGUGGAAGCGGAGGAUCAUGGCGAGGACAACGACUGGAACAAUGACAGUUGGGCCGAGUGGGAUGACAACGACAAUGAAAACGACGAGAAGUUGGUCAACGGAAGUCCACUAAAGGGUGGCCAUAAGCCACGCCUGCGCAAACGUAGUCAGGCCAGCAAGCAGAUCGAUUCCUCGGCGAAGGUGGCUCUCGAUGAGGAGCUGCAAAAGUCUGCACAACAGCAGGCCGACGAUGAGGAUGUCUUGAGUGCAGAGGAUAUGCAACUGUUUGAGGCGGAGAAUGUGCAUAUCUAUAAUAUGCUGCAGGGAGUCUCCGAGGAAGUCGAGCAGAUUGAAAAGAACGUGGUGGACAUAGCACAGCUGCAGGAUAUAUUCACUGAAAAGGUGGCGAUACAGCAACACAAUAUCGAGCGUAUUGCCAGUGCCGUUGUGGGCACCACGGAGAAUGUGAAGGAUGCGAAUGAACAGAUACGCCAGGCUACCCAGAGAAAUGCUGGCUUGCGUGUUUGGUCCUUGUUCUUCUUGCUGGUCAUGUCGUUCUCCUUGUUGUUCCUGGACUGGUACUACGAUUAGAUGCUCUUGCGAAACUUCUUUUGUAUACACACCCCGAAAAUCAUUUGAUUAAAAUAAAACUAAUUUCCUAUAGCGUA